CUUAAUUGCACAGGACAUAUUUUGCUUUAUUUAAAAAAAUAUGAUAACCAGGUGGAGCUCCUACCUUGCAGUGACACUCUUGGUAUUAAUUGCAGAAGAAUGUCAGGCAGAUUGUCCUUCUGGCUGGAUAACUCAUAAUAAUUUUUGUUAUUAUGUAUCCUCUGGUUUACUCGGAUGGAAUGAUGCUGAAUCCUAUUGUCAAAAAGAAGGCGCUCAUUUAGUCAGCUAUGCUGAUGGUACGGAACGGGAUUGGGUUUUCAAUAAUUUCAUAUCGGGAUCAGGUAAUAAGUGGUGGAUAGGUCUGAAUGAUAUCAAACAAGAAGGAAACUUUGAAUGGACUGAUCAAUCAGCUCCCAACCCAACAAUUUACAAUUGGAAAGCUGGUGAACCAUCAUAUUUACAAGAAGAAGACUGUGUCGUUGUAAGUGACGAAUUGCAGACUUUACCGGGAGGUCCUGAUGGUGCGAAUUGGGCAGAUGCUGAUUGUAGCAAGAAAAGGAAAUAUGUAUGUAAAAGAAGCACAGCUAUUGUUGAGGAUUGUGAUUCCAGCAAAGGAUUUGUCAAGUAUGGUUCAUACUGCUACAGAUACAUGGACCAAAAAAGAAAAUGGCAUGAUGCCAAUGAUGAAUGUCGAGACAACUACAAUGCAGAACUCACUGCAGUUUUAUCAGCAGAAGAACAAAUUGCAAUAGUGGAUUUAAUGAAAAUUGGAAAUGUUGAUACAUGGAUUGGUUUGUCUGAUUCAGUUAUACCUGGGACAUUGCAAUGGAGCAAUGGACAUGAUAAUUUUGUACCAGGAAGUUCAUAUGAAAAUUGGGCUACAAAUGAGCCAAAUCAAUUAUAUCAAGGAAGCACAUGCAUUGUAUCAACAAUAGUUAACAAUGGUCAGUGGAAAGUUGCUAUGUGUGGUAACACAAAGCCAUUUAUUUGUAGAAAGGGCUUAAAAGCGGUCUGUCCCGAUGGAUGGGCUUAUGGAUAUGGAAAGUGUUAUGAAAUUGUGCUAAAUCCGAACUUCUUUUUAACUUGGACUGAAGCGAACAGUUAUUGCAAAGCAAAGAAUGCAAGAUUGCUUGAGAUUCAAACAGCGGAGGAACAAUUUUUUAUAUCAUCGUUCGCAGCAACUCUAAACAAAGAAGGAAUUGUCGCUGUUUGGCUUGGAAUAUCAGACAUUGGUCAUGAUGAUGAUUUUAGAUGGACAGAUCAAAAAGUAAUAACGUACUCUCAAUGGGAUGUCAAUCAACCAACUCAUCGCAACGGACAAGAUGACUGUGGAAUGGUGUACACAGGGAAGGGUUCAAACAACUGGGAGAUUGUAACUUGUUAUUCACCACAAGCUUUCAUAUGUGAAGUACAUGAAGGAACAUUAUUAUCAAGCAUCACAGUACCUGAAGUGUACUACGAUUGUCCUAAGGGAUGGCGUUUGCUUCCACCUUACUGCUAUUUAUUUGGCGACACUCAAAUGGAUUGGUAUAAAGCUGAAGAAUUUUGCAAUAAACCUGAGCAAGGAUCUGGUCAUCUUUGUAGCAUUCACAAUUCAGCACAACAAUCAUUUAUUUCAGGACAUUUGGUUGCUCAAUCCUGGACUGGAGGAAAUGACUUCACCAUCAAUCAACAAUUUGAGUGGACUGAUGGAACACCAUUUAAUUUCACAAAUUGGAAAAAAGCCCGCCCAAUUGAAGAUGAAGGAUUCGAUUGUGUUCGUAUAAUUGGGUCAAAUGAUGGUGGAGCUUGGGGACAGUGGACUGAUAGACCAUGUGUAAAUAAUGGACAGCCUGUUUGUCAAAUAACCGCUGUUCACACAUCUAAUCCUCAACCUAUUCCAUCAGUACCACCUAAUGCAAACGAUCUGUUAUGCGGUGAUGGAUAUCUUCAUAACCCAUCCACUCAUAAAUGCUACAAGUUUGUUGAUGAUGUUGCCAGAACAUGGGCAGAUGCUCGUACACAUUGUCUGGCUGAUGGAGGUGAUCUUGUUAGUAUUAAUUCACCAGAUGAACAAUCAUUUGUUCAAGUAAAUGUAGCACUUUCAGCGAGGCAAAUUGCUUUCUGGACUGGAGGACUCGAUUCAUGGUCUGGUCCAAUAAAUACUGGUGUUGUAGAUAUAACUGAUGGUGGUUGGAGGUGGAUUGAUGGGAGUCCUUUCAAUUAUGUUAAUUGGAAUAGUGGCGAGCCAAACAAUGUGAAUAAUGAGGACUGUGUUGAAAUGGUUGUUGAUCAUGGCUAUUGGAACGAUCUAUCAUGCGGAGAUUCUCGAGGAUAUAUUUGUGAAAAAGAAGAUCCAGACCAUACAACUGAAUCCCCAUCCACUGAUUGCAAAGGUGUGGAUUGUUGUUAUCGCCAUAUUGGAGUUGAAGUUGGAGGACCUAUUCCCAGCAGACAACUAUCAGCAUCUUCUCAGAUGGAUCCCCAAUCUGGUGCAGAGAGAGGACGGUUAAACACACCUGAUCAAUAUGUUGAUAUACUUGAUUUUGGACCUGGUCGUGGUGCAUGGGUGGCUGAUCAGAGUGAAAAAAAACCAUGGAUUCAAGUUGCUUUGCAAGAAUACUAUGAAGUUAGGGGAGUUAUAACACAGGGUCGAAACGGAAUAAGUCAGCCAGUUAAUCAGAACAUGUGGACAAGACAAAUUUCUGUAAAAUACAAUACACAUCUUAAAAAAGAAGUUUGGGAACCAAUAAGAGACUCGUUAGGGAACGAAAUGAUAUUUGAUGCAAAUCAUGAUCAGAACACUCAAGUGACAAACAUCUUUGAUCGACCUGUUAUGGCUACUGGUAUUAGAAUAACAUUGGAAAACUGCAGACUUGGUUGUGCAAUGAGAUUCGAACUUGUUGGAUGUAAACCUCAGUGUGAUGCUUCUCUUGGUGUGGGUGCAGAUGGCCCAGGAGAUUUUCCGUUAUUGCCUUCCACAUCAUUGACUGCUUCAUCUUCUCAAGCUGGUUUUGAACCUGAAUUCAGUCGACUCGACUAUACAGAAACUCAACUGUUGAAUCCAGCACACUAUCAACUCGACAGUGGCACCAUGACAUGGGAUUCCGCGAGACAGCAUUGUUUCACCCAAGGAGCAGAUUUAUGCACUUGGUCUGAUAUAUGCUCCACUGGUACUCCUAUUAUAACUGGUGUAGUUAGUGGUGACAGAUGGGCACCUAUCAGGGAUUCUUCGAAUGAUUGGGUUGAAAUCGGAGAUGACAAUAAUCCAUCAAAUCCCGGUCGUGUUUGUUGGAAACACAAUGAAAAAUAUGGAGCACCCGCUUGGGGUGUUACGGAGGGUCCAUGUGAACCUUGGGCUACUGCUACUGAUCCCUGUCCACACAAGGGCAAUGUAUUUUGCUGUCCCGGAAAUACAAACAGCUGGAAGCCUUCACAAAGUGACAAAAAUCAAUGGAUCCAGGCUGAUCUAGGAGAAACUAGGAAGAUUUCAGGAGUACUUUUGCAAGGCAAUCCACAAGCUUCCGAUUGGGUCACUGAGUACUACAUUCAAUUCAGUGGUGAUGGAAACAGUUUUACCACAUAUCUCGAUACAACUGGAAAUUAUCAGCUAUUCCCUGGAAGUACAGAUCAAAAUACAAUUUCUGAAGGAUUUUUGAGAGAACCUAUAACAACAAGAUAUGUUCGAGUCCAACCACAAGCAUGGAAUUCAAGAAUUGCAUUGCGUUUUGAUGUAAUGGGAUGUAAAGCCGAAGAUUUGGCGACUUGCACAGAUACUGCAGAAUCAUAUCCUGAUGAGUUUACAGUUUCAUGUCCAACUGGUUGUGAUGCCGGAUCACCAAGAGUUUAUGGAACCAGAGUUUAUACAGAAAAUUCUGCUAUUUGUCCUGCUGCUAUUCAUGAUGGAAUGUUCUUAGCUGACCAUGGGGGUACCGUGGAUGUGAGAAAAAUAAAUGGAAGAAGUACGUAUACUGGGUCUACUCAGCAGGGUAUUACAUCAAGUGAUUAUGGACAAGCAGAUGCAUCUUUUAUUUUCCAGGGUGAUCAUCUUGGCUGUCCUGCUGGAUGGGAUGGUUGGAAAGAUUGGUGUUACUAUACUCCAAGAAUGAGUACUAAAUUUAACUGGGCUGAUUCGAGACAAUAUUGCCAAACAUUUGGAGCUGAUUUAGUCAGUAUUCAUAAUCAAGGGGAACAUGAUUUUGUUACUUCAAUGUUCUUUUAUCAAUAUGCACUGGAUUCUGCAUGGAUUGGGUUCAAUGAUCUUGAUACUCCUUUUUAUUAUCAAUGGUCUGAUUUAUCUGAAGUUACAUGGACAAGAUGGAACACUAAUGAACCAAAUGGACAUCAUGAGAGAUGUGUGGAAAUGUAUAAAAUAAAGGGUCUUUGGAAUGACCAAGCAUGUGAUGAUGAGGCUAACCUUAUCUGCAAAAUGGAUAAGAUUCCUGUUAAUCAAGAUCAAGCUGUAAUUGAUGGAUGUGAUGCAGGAUGGAUUGCAUAUGAAGGAUCUUGUUAUUUCAUUGAUUUGACAAGAAUGGUAUGGAUCAAUUCUGAAAACUAUUGCAAGGGUGUUGGUGGACAUCUUGUGGCAAUCACUAGCUAUGCUGAAGAAUUGUGGUUGACAAGUAAGAUUUCUGAAGCGGUUCACUCAUCUGAUAGUGAAAAAUUCUGGAUUGGUCUCGGAGCUUACAUCGAUCCAAACAGUGAUGCCUUGAUAUAUUCAUGGUCAACAGGAGAACCUGUUACAUUUACGGCAUGGGAGUCAGAUCAACCAAGUAUAAAGCACACAUGCCAUUUCCCAUUCUUGUAUGAAGGAAUAGAAUAUUAUGAAUGCAUUGAGGAGGGAUGGCCUGCAACACUUCUAGGCCCUUGGUGUUCUGCUGACCCCGUUUGGAAAAAUCACCCUGUUGCGUGCAAUGGCUGGACAGAUACACAAGUUGGUUGCUUUAGAAUGGAUAGUGACACUGGACUUUGGUCUCAAGGACAGCCUGUUGCUUGUGGAUCUGAUGCAUAUAAGAUUUGUGAAAAACCCCGAGUCGGUUAUACUAAUCCAGCAUUACCAACUACACCCUCUCCAAAUGGUAACUGUCCGUUUGGAUGGUAUGCAGAGGCAAAAUCCAACUAUUGUUAUCAGAUUAAUGAAAAAACAUCCACUGAAAGAAUGACUUGGGAAGAUGCAAAUGUACAUUGCCAAUCCCAAGGUGCACAAUUAGUCAGUAUGCACAGUCCACAAGAGGAAGCAGUUAUUGCAUCUGGUGUGAGACAUACAAGUGGAAGCAAUUGGUUUUGGAUUGGAAUGAGAAGAAAGCAAACUGGUUCUUAUGGAUGGACUGAUAACACUCCCUUAUCAUACACCAACUGGGGUUCGGGUGAACCGAAUGAUUACGAUGGAAGAGAAGAGUGUGGGAUGGCAUAUUACAGCACGAGUGGCACCGAUAUGUAUUGGAAUGAUAUGAAUUGUGAAGCAACUGAAAAUUGGAUUUGCAAAGUUUUAAGAGGAACAACUUUAUUUCCACCUGUAACUCCACCUCCUGGAACUUUCUCUCCUCAAAUUUGUGGUUAUGAUGUUGACUGGGUUGCCUAUACUCCUCCUGGUGGAGUGAUGUAUUGUUAUCAUUUUGGAAAUAUCCCUAAGAUAUACUACGAUGCAGGACAAUAUUGUAAGAGUCUUGGAGGAAACCUUGUUUCAGUUCACUCUCUCGAUGAACAAGCAUUCCUUGUUGGCAGAGCAACUAAAGUGGAUAUUCAGCAAAUGUGGAUUGGUUUGAUCCAAGAAGCUGUUGGAGGUUACUAUGUUUGGGUCGACCAGACGCAACUGGUUUAUACAAAUUGGUGGGGAGGAGAACCUAAUGAUUUUAGUGGUCAAGAAUCAUGUGUACAGAUGGAUCAUAAUUAUGGUCAAUGGGCUGAUUCAAACUGUGGCAUAGUAAAUGGAUACAUCUGCAAGAAAACUGUAGGGUCAGUUCCUAGUGAGCCAGAUCCAACACCAACUAUGCCAGGAGGUUGUCCAACAGAUAUACCGGGUUGGCAGUUGUAUGGCAGCAAAUGUUUUCUACCAGUUGGAUUUGAAGACACAAGUAUGAGAAAAACAUGGGCUGAUGCAGAAGCUUACUGUAAUCAACAGCAAGGAUUCCUUGCUUCAGUUCCAAACCAGUACUAUAAUGCUUUCUUAAUAUCAAUGGUAUACUCAGUACGUGCUAGCAUCUGGAUUGGUUUAAGUACAAUUGAUUCCAACAGAGUAUUUGUUUGGUCAGACAAUGAAGCUGUCACUUUUACUAAUUGGGAAGCAAAUGAACCGAAUGCACAAGGGACAGAAGAAUGUGUAGAAAUGUAUACAUCGGGAAGAUGGAAUGAUAAAGAAUGUGAUGCAACUCGACCAUUUAUUUGUAAUGUUUGGAGAUCAACAACUUAUGCGGAACCUACACCUGAUGUUACCGGAUGUCCAAAUGGAUAUGUGAGAUGGGACACAAGUUGUUACAAAUUAUAUUCUGCUGAUAGUGAUCAACUUUCAUGGCAAGGAGCAAGAGAUAAAUGUAGAGCAGAUGGACAGAGUUUAGGUAUGACAAUGGACUUGACAAGUAUUUGGAACUGGUAUGAAAAUAGUUUUCUUAAAACAAUGUUUUGGCCUGAUGCUCACUAUGAUUAUACAUGGAUUGGAUUGUACUACAAUCAUAGCUUAACCAACGGGCAAACUACAUUCCAAUGGUCUGAUGGUUCAGCUUUAUAUUAUACCAACUGGGAGACAAACCAACCACAAGAAAUUAAUGAUAACCUGGGAUGUGUGGAGAUGAGAAAUUAUGGGACAUGGUCUCUUGUGUCACCUUCAGUAAUUGGCGAUUCUGAUUCAUGUGACACAAAACGACCAUUUGUGUGCAAACAUGAGACUUUAAUAUUACCAACACCUGGAGAUCCAGGCCUUGGCACUUGUGAUCCAGAAUGGGUUUCCUUUGGAGAUUAUUGUUAUUUUGUAAGACCAGGAUAUACCAAUACUGAUCAACGAUCAUGGGGUGAUGCUGAUUUGGAUUGUAAAAAACGAUCUGGAUACCUUGUUAGUAUUCAUAGUGAUAUUGAGAACAAAGCUAUAAAAACAUGGGCUGGCGGUAGGAAUGUAUGGCUUGGAUUAAAAAGGAAUGCAUGGGGUGGAUGGGAAUGGACUGAUGACACCCCAUUGUCAUAUGUUUAUUGGAAAGAUGGUGAACCAAACAAUGUAGGUGAAACAGGAGAACAAUGUACUGAAAUGUAUAGCACUGGUUAUUGGAAUGAUGCAAUUUGCUCAAACUUACGAGGAUAUGUCUGCAAGAAACAUAAAUCUUAUAGUCAUUGCUCAUUUGAUGCUUCUCAACGAACUGAUUGUGGCUAUGAUGGCAUUAAUGAAUAUGAAUGUUUGGAAAGAGGUUGUUGUUGGGAUCCAACCGAUUCUUCUCAACUAACGUGUUACUAUUCAAGAUAUGACGCUGAAUGUUUGGAGAAAGGCGGAGCUUGCAAAGAUUACAGACAUAAUGUCUGCGAUCUUGGUUAUGAACAAAAUUUAUGCAGUGGCAAUACUCAUAACAGAUGUUGUUUUUCAUGUGCCGCCAAUGACGAUACUUGUAAUGACCAGGUUGAUGGUUGGGAGGAAGACGAUGGCCCAUGUCAAAGUCAAAUGUCAGGAAAUUGCCAGUAUAAUUCUAAUUAUUGUGAUGGAUUAUAUUAUAGUGGAUACUGUGGUGGACCAUCUGAACGACAAUGUUGUUCUAACAAGUUCCCACCAACUGAUAAACCACCACUGACAGAGCCACAUGAUACUGAACCUCCACGUACCGAUGAAGGACCCAAAACAACGGAACCCACAAACACUCCAGUGACAACUAAACGAGUAACGACUACAACUGAAAGUGCUAUCCAACCGGAAAGUGGACUGAGUGGCGGAGCCAUUGCUGGUAUUGUCAUAACUGUUGUCUUCCUUGUGGCUGGGGCUGGUGCAGCUUUUUAUUUCCACAAACAAGGAACUGGAUUCUCGGGAUAUAAUUCGUUCAUGCCAUCAUUCAAUAAAAAAGAAGAAAAUGGAAGCGAAGGGGGAGGAUUUGACAAUCCAAUCGUUUUUACGAAAGAUUCUGCUGAUGUUGGAGGAAUAAGCGACGACAUGGGUGCAAGUAAUGCUUAAGCUGUAAACUUUUAUGCAAUAAUAUUGCCAAUUUCGAAUUAUGUUGUAUCAUUUUAAAAUUCUUUGUUUGUUUUAUUUAUACAGGCUAGAAUUUAUUUUGGUUUACUUUUGCUCACUGAAUACAGUACUUGUCUAGCAUUGGUUCAUUAAAGGCUUCAUACAUUAAAUUGUGUAACCCACUAAUUUUGGCAUUGUUACAGUACACUGUAAUAGGCUUUCUCAUUUGGCUCGCUAAUUGCAUUUCCGUUCCUAGAUUCGCAAUUUUUAUUUUAAAAGGUUGGACGGGAUAGAAUAUUGUAUCACAGAAGCAUUGACCUUCGAAUGGGUGCCAUUUUUUCAAUUCUAUUUCCAAUCUUUCAAUCUCAUGUUAUAGACUUAUCCCGUUCCAGAUGUUUUUCACUAUUUAGAUAGAUAAGAUACAUUGUUGGUGUGGGUUUCGCAUACGCUUUUCACGUGCAACACACUUAAUAACUCUUGUUGGCUUCUGCGGUAGAUAAAUCACCUUUAACUCCAUUUUUAUUUUUUUAUGUUCGAACGGUAAUCUUGAGUUUCCAUUGGUGACCAUCAUAAAUUCUUGUCUGUCAUUAUUUCAAUUUCGUAAUCAACCCAACUCUUGUGCAAUAAAAUUCUUUCAUGAUUUCUA